AACUUAAAAAUCUAGAAGGGGAAUAUCAACAAGUAAAAGACAACAUGGAUUCCCAAGAACAGUCUCUGCGCAGUCUCAACAUACGUAUUUUUGGUGUUAAGGCUCAAGAAAGCGAAGAUGUACGUGCUACAGUUCAAGACCUCUUUACUAAAAAAUUAAAAUGUAAUAUUCAGAAUUCCGACAUCAAAAAAUGCUAUCGCGUACCAUCUAAAAACCUUAACGAUAGACCACCGGCAAUCUUAGUUCAGUUCACAAAUGACGCUGCGCGUGUGUCCAUUUUCAAAUCGCGUAAAUAUUUACAUAAAAGUGGUAUCCAAAUUAAGGAAGACCUUACAAGGCUCCGUUUAGCCUUGUUAAAUAAUGCAGUAAAUCAAUUCGGGAAAACAAAUGUAUGGACCCUUAAUGGGAACAUAUAUGUGAAGUGUGGUGGUUCUGUGCACAGAAUUGGCAACGAAAUAGAAUUAUCCGGAUUAAAAAAUAGUGAAUAAAGCGAUUGUGUUUAACACCGAAUUGGUUCUGAGAUCUGUUGCUGCAUAUAGUAACCCAGUAUCAUUAGCAUAAAGAUAUAGAGCAGAUGUCAAUGAAAAUGGUAUCUGCAGAGAACAUAACAGAUUUCGUUGCAGUUUGUGGCGAAAUAUGCGAUCAGUGGACAUGUUGGCCGGAGACACCUGCCAAUAAAAAUGCCACGAAACCUUGUCCUAAAAUCAGAGGAACUGUGGAAAAUGGGCUGGCCUAUAAAGUAUGCACAGCAAGCGGCUCGUGGGAGGUGAAAUUAGAUCUCUAUGGAAUUCCGACGAACUAUACACACUACGAGACUUGCAUAAUGCCAGAGAUUCAACAGUUGACUAACAUGUGUAAUGCCUUUGGGUUGGGAGAGUGUGCUAGGAUAGGAAGAGUUACAAGACUUAUAGAAAUGGUUGGACUGUCACUUUCAUCUUUAUCAUUAAUGUUGUCUUUGUAUAUAUUUUUUUCAUAUAGGAUACUCAAAAAUAACAGAACAAAAAUCCACAAAAAUCUAUUUUUCGCCACCUUAUUCCAAGUAUUCUUUAGGUUAAUCAAAUAUAUCGAUCAAGAGUUAGAUGAAAAUAAAAAGUUUCUUCUAGAUGAGUACCAUCUCUUGGAAGUUUGCACAGUCUUAAUGGAAUAUGCUAAAACAGCAAUGUUUACGUGGAUGUUCAUAGAAGGCCUUUAUCUGCAUAACGUCAUAACAGUAACCGUUUUCCAAGAAUAUCUAUAUAUAAACUUUUAUAUUUGGUGUGGUUGGAUUAUUCCAGCUGUUAUGACGCUUAUAUGGCUAGCAGUAAUGAUCUUCGAAGGAGUUAAAACGACUUGGGCUUAUUAUUACUUUCUGCCGUAUUAUUGGAUAUUGGAAGGGCCCAGAUCUACUCUUAUAAUAAUAAACCUUCUUUUUCUCCUCAACAUAAUUCGUGUAUUAAUAGUAAAAUUACGCCAGACCCGCUCCAGUGAAAUAGAGCAAGUGAGGAAAGCAGUAAGAGCUGCCAUAUUUCUUCUUCCUCUAAUGGGUACCGCUCACAUCUUAUUCCUCUUAGACUACAGAUACAAAGAAAUGUGGAAAUUUGAAUUUUGGUCAUACACAACAUAUUUCCUUAAUACAUUUCAAGGAUUUUUCGUAGCCGUUUUGUACUGCUUUUUAAAUGGAGAGGUACAGGCAGCAAUAAGAAACCAAUAUUUUCUUCAUAUGUCAUUAAGAAGGAACAACUAUACUUCAUAUCAUCGAGGCUUUACUGUGGUUUCCACUGCGACUGGCGAAAAUAAUGGAAAGAAAUUCAAAGUUAUAAUAACCCAAUUUUUUAGCGAGCGAAACAGAUGGCUAAGGAAUUGUUGCAGUCAGCCACCCCAGUCGCCCGAGGAAAAGGAAAUAGAUUUAUGUGAGAUUAAUGGGGGACGAGAUGGUCCAACCACAGUUACUGUUGUUGAAACUAUUCCAAUGAUUAAGAGGCAUGUAGAAAGCAAUGGUUUUGAAUGCCACAGUCCAAAAAGUGAUGCCAUUGAUAUGACCUACUCCGAAAACCUAAGCACUAAAGAGCCAUAAUAAUAAUUAUUAUAUUAAACAUAUUAAGGUUUGUACUUUUUGUAUUAUUAUUAAUAAGUUUAGAGAGUAAAAAUGCCUUUUUUAUUGCCAUAUUGUCGUGUUAACUACACGAUUUAUUACUACACGUAGUCCAUAUUAUUCAUGGAUAUUUUAUUUGUAUAUUUUGUAAAAAUAUAUUUUUAUUAAAUUUCCUAUCCAAACUUCUCUUCGUUUAAUCUAUAUUAUAUUAAGUUUUUUGUGAUAUCUAUUUUUAAUUACAAUUAUUAAAUAAGAGAAUAAAAUUGAUAUAUGAUGCCUGCUUAGUGAUUUAAGCAUUGUGUGUAUUUUAGUAGUAAGAUUUUACCUCUAUUUAAGUUCUUUUGUACCUGAAUGUUAGAUUUAACCUGCUAGCCGCUUAAACUGACUCAAUUUUUAUGA